GUUCCCUCAAACGAGCUGCAACUCCCCUUUAAAUGGCUGUUUCAACCCCAGACAGAAGUUUUUACAGAAGGAUUAAAAUAACUUGGCGAAAGAGAGGAGAGGAGGAUAACUAAUCAACCAGCAGCGAGGUGAAGGGGAGAGGUGGUCUGUUUGGAUCUUCUGGAGAAGGAUUCUGAUUUUCUUCGUAAGUCUGACCACCCUGAGAGCCUCUUCUGUGAGCUUUCCUGCUAAAUCUGCCCGGAACUGAGGCGGGAAGACGGCUGUGGGAUGGCUUUGCUGACCCUGCACAGAUCACCAUCUGUUUGCACCCCAACAGAUGAAAGCAUUCCGAGAAGAGGGAGACUUCAGAAGAGAGAAAGUUUUGCACUUGUUAAAGGGGCGGUGCUUCUGCUGGAGGAAGGAGGGGCUCAUGUUGUAACCACACCCCCUUCAUAUCCAAGUGAUGGGCUCGUAACCACACCCCCUUCAUAUCCAAGUGAUGGGCUCGGAGGCGGAGCCUCAGACACUCAGCAUCGGCACUUACAAGCCAUGGUUUCGUUGCUACGGCCGGAGGACACGGUCAAACUGGCCGUGCGGUUAGAGUCUGCAAGUGCGGUCCGAGUCAGAUAUUUGCUGAUAGUUGCAACGUCCAGUCGCAAACAGGAGAGUCUACUGCUGGGUAUGGACUUCCCCAGUAUAAACAGUGAUCACUGCACUAUUGGCCUUGUCUUGCCUAUAUGGAGUGAUACACAGGUGUAUUUGGAUGGUGAUGGUGGUUUCAGUGUAACAUCUGCAGCCGUCACAAGGACAUUCAAGCCUGUGUCUAUACAGACAAUGUGGUCCGUGCUGCAGGCUCUGCACGGCUGCUGUGAGCGUGCGAUGCGAGGGGCCGUUAUCCCAGGCUGUGGGCUGGACUGGGCGACUCACUACCGGCGGCACAUAGAGUCUGACCGGCACUGCCUGAACGAGUGGAUGGCCAUGACCGGCCUGGAGUCCGUCCGCAAGGACAGCAAAGGCAGCUCCACCGAGAGAGAGAGUGUGGAGAGAGAGAUCAAAACUCAGCUCAGGGACAUCAUGAGAACUGAAGACCUGGAGAACAUCACCUCCAAACAGGUCCGAUCUGCUCUGGAGGAGAGGAUAGGCAUAGAUAUGAAGAACUACAAGGAGUACAUUGACAAUGAAAUGAUGGUCACCAUGGCACAGAUGGACAAACCAUCCAAAAUAUUAGACUACCUUUUUCUGGGCUCUGAAUGGAACGCCGCUAACUUCGAGGAGCUUCAGAAAAACAAUGUGGGCUACAUCCUAAAUGUCACCAUGGAGAUCGAUAACUUUUUCCCAGAAUCCUUCACCUACAUGAAUGUCAGGGUUUAUGACGUCGAGGCAACAGACCUUCUGUCACACUGGAAUAACACGUACAGGUUCAUCAGUGAAGCAAGGAAGAACGGGCAGGCUGUAUUGGUCCACUGUAAAAUGGGCGUGUCUCGCUCCGCCUCCACGGUGAUCGCAUUCGUGAUGAAGCAGCAGGGCUGGUCUUUAGACCACGCCCUCAACCACGUCCGAGAGCGCCGUCCAAUCGUCCAGCCCAACGAAGGCUUCCUCAGACAGCUGCAGACAUACAGUGGGAUUCUGAGCGCCAGUAAACAGCGUCACAGCGCCCUCUGGAGGCGGAGGUCCAAAUCAGAGACCCAGCAGACAGACGCCAAACAACAAGACCGGGGCACAGAGAGCGAAGGAGAACAAGGAGACGAUGAAGAGGAGGAGGACGAAGAGAGCCCAGAGGAGGAAGAGAGCUAUGAGGAUGAAGGAAAAGAUGUAAUGGUGUUUGAAGAGCCAGUGCCUAACAGUAUCCCUAUUCCUACAGUGGAAGAGACAGUUAAUACUUUAAACCCUCUAAUUAAUAUCCAGGAGGUGUGUUCGAGUCCCAGUCCGAGCAGAAGCGGCAGGAUGGACCUGUUUUCCCUCAUGCAGUCCAUCCAGCUAGAUGAUGAGGAGAGAGUGAGCGAUAUAGAAGGUGCUGCCGCCCAGAGGCGAUCGCCAGCACAGCGCAGACGGAGCCACAAACGGCGAGCUUUAACUCACCAGCGAGCACACGUGGACGUUUCGCCGGACCCGAGCAGCCUGAAUAGAAAGCAGGACGAGACUCAGGAGCCGGUGGAACAAACAGGAGGAACAAACAGUGGUCAAUGAUAAAGAGGGAAGGUAGGAAGAGCUGAAGAACAGAGACACUGAGUGAGAGAGAAAGGUAGAUAGGGAGCGAGGGAAAGAAUACUCCUCAUGAUGCACACCAGUUUUAUUUAUCCUGCUUAUCAGUUUGAUUUUAAUGAUGUAUUAUGGAAUAAUGUUGUAAUGUUUUUGAGGCUUUGAGUUCAGAGAAUUUGCCACACACACACACACACACACACAGUACUGUACAAAAGUCAGAGACUCGUCAUUUAUUUAACCUCCACUCAAAACGGCCGUUUAGUACAAAUUAAUCAUAUUACAGUGAAAACAUAACAGAAUAUUACACCUUAUACCUUUUCUUAUUUUCAGGAGACUAACUUGGUUUCUUCUUUAACUUGUACUUAAUGGCUGUUUUGGCUGGGGGUAAGUAAAUGAAAGGUGGUCUCUGUAGGUCAGUGCAAUUCACGCACACUGAAUGUGACUACACUGUCAACACAAAGCAGAACACACAUGCGUGCGCACACACUCACACACUCUGCAGUAGACACUGCAGUUUAUAUCACAGAGCCUAUCAGUCAUUUUAUAUUUCCAAUUCAAGAACUUUACUCCUGAAAGCAGAGUUUGGAAGCAUCUCUGAUGUCACUCUGUGCCUUUCUGCACACACACACAGCCUGAGCCAUGCACUCACUCACACCUCGCUGAUUUUAAUGCAGUAUUAGAGAAUAUGUAGUGAAAGGCAUAACCUUGAGUGUUUUCUGGAGAUAAACCCUCUCUGGCCCUGUAUUACUACUAAAAUUAUUAUUAUUAUUAUCAUUAUUAUUAUUAUUAUUAUUAUUUAGGGCUGACCCAGAAAGCAUUUUACAGACUUCAAAUACUCAUUGAUUUUUUUUUUUUCCAAACGAAUACUCGAAUGCUCAUUAAAAAAAAAAAACACUCUUAAAAACAAUAAAUAUUUGAAGCCUUUUUGGUAGUCAGAACAUAGUCAUAUGCAAAAGUAAUAACUAAGGUCAAAUUACAUAUUUUGUUGAGUUUCGAAAUAACAUCUUGUAUAGGGAACAAACUUUAAAUAUGACAUUUUUUCAGCAGCUUUUACUGCAUCAUUUCUGUUUAAAACAAAACAUACAAUAUAAUGUGCCGUAACAUUUGCACAAGCAACAUUUUUAGGUUUUAUUUUCUUUCUAUGUUGUUAAAUUCGGUAAAUAAACAGUUACUGUGCAUUAAAUUAUGCAGAAGCGUGUCUCUGUAGGAGGAUGUGUUCCCUUAUUUACACUUAGAAAAUCAACAAAUACAUGGAAUUUGACUGGGGGUGCCCAAACCCACAUGACCAUGUGACUCCAUUUUAAGCAGUGUUUUGGUCACACCAACUUUGGACAUUACGUCAGUCAUCAAAACACAAGCCCUUCCUAAAGGCCUGUGCCUGGUGACUGUUGGGUUAUCAGGUUAACUGUCCCCAGUGAUGGUAAACACUUGUUUACCACCACUUUGUUUAUCUAUUGAUUUGUUUAAUGCAAACUAUGACAAGACACAAGUCAAUGGGUUCGUUCCAAAACAUUACCACAGUUUUUCUGUAUACAGUUGUAUGCAAAAGUUUGAGCACCGCUGGUCGAAUGACAUGUCGAUAUUCUGAGUGUAAAUAAGUUACACAUCCUCUACAGAGACACACUGCACAUUUUAAUACACAAUGACUGUUGAUUUUGACAUGUUGGCUUAAAAAAAUAAAAUAAAAUAAAUGUGGCCUGUGCAAAAGUUGUGGUGCAUUUUAUAUUUUAUGUUUUUUUGUUAUGUUAAACUCAGCAAAUAAAUGGAAAUUGUGCACUAAUAUUUGCAGGAAAAUGUCAUAUUUAACUUUUGUAGAGGAAAAAUCAACAAAACAUGUAAUUUGACUGGGAGUGUUUUGUAUACGACCGUAGAUGCUUGCUAUAAUUUAUUUUUCUAUAUAUUAACAAUAAUUGUUCUAUUUAAGGCCUUUGCUGAUGAAAUUUAUGUAAGGCUGCAAUUUUUGUGGCGAAGCUUCUGAAUACUAAAUAGAGAAACCCCGAGUAUUAUUGGGACCAGCCCAAUAAUAUUAUUAUUAUUAUUAUUAUUAGUAGUAGUAGUAGUAGUAGUAGUAGUAGUAGUAGUAGUAGUCGUAGUCGUAGUAGUAUUAAUGUUUUUUU